AUGAAAUCGGAUCUUUGUCUUCUAAACAAUUCUCACAAAUACAAGAAUUUUCUUUAAAAUAAUCUUCAUAACUCACAUCUUUUAAUUCUCCACAUAUUUAACAAAUAACAUUAAUUAUAUCGUCAGGUUAUUUUUACCAAAUUUAAUUUUUUUUUUGUUCUUCAUUAGUGAAUGAUUCUGAAAUUUAUUGANCAUAAUUUUAAAAAUUAUAGAUUGCAGGAUAAGAAAAGACAAAGAGUCAAUUAGAAUAAGAAUUAUAAAAAAUUAGAUAGGAGAGAACAGCAAAUAUGAAUAAAAUGAAGGAAGAAAUAGAAAAAUUAAAAUAAGCAAUUGCAGAAGUUAAAGCUAAUAAAUAGAAGAGAUAAGAUUAAUUAGCAAAAGAAAUAUAAACUAAAUAUGAGGCAUUAGAAAAAGAUCAUAAAACUAAAGAAGAUAAAUUAGCUGCUGAACUUUAGGCUUAAAGAGCACGCUUUAUUAAAAUGAAAGAUGAAAAUACUUAAGAAGAAGCAACUUUAAAGAGACGAAAAUAAGUUUAAGAUUAAUCUUUGUCUGAAGCAAUUUAAAAUUAUGAUUAAAUGAUGGAAGAAUUUAUGAAAAAUUUAACUGAUUUAUAAAGUGAAUGUGCAUCUACUGAAAAAUAAUUGAGAGAUAGAUAGGAAUAUUUCAAAGCAGUUGAUUCAGAGAAAGGUAGAGAGAGAAAAUUAGAAGAAGAAUUUAGAAGAUUAAAAGAAUUACAUUAAAUAGAAUUAGAAAAAAAAUCAGAGGCAGCCAAACAUAUUUAAGCUUUUUUAUAAUAAGUUAAAAGUAUAUAUUAAAUAUUUAUAUAUAUAGAACCAUCAAAAAAACCAAAAAAACCAGCAAAAAAAUGAGC